AAGUGGAAGAGGCCGGGUCUUGGCGCUUUCUCCUCCCGCCGCCUGGUUCUCACCUCGCCAUGGUUCGUCUGCCUCUGCAGUGUCUCCUCUGGGGCUGCUUUUUGACCGCCGUCCACCCAGAACUACCCACUUCAUGCGGAGAAAACCAAUACCUAACAAACAGUCGGUGCUGUAAUUUGUGCCCACCAGGACAGAAAUUGGUGAACGACUGCACAGAGGUCACCGACACAGAAUGCCUUCCCUGCAGUAAAGGCGAAUUCCUAGCCACACGCAACAGAGAGAAAUACUGUCACCAGCACAGAUACUGCAACCCCAACCUAGGGCUCCAGAUCCAGAGGGAGGGCACCUCAGAAACAGACACCAUUUGCACAUGUGUUGAAGGCCAACACUGUACCAGUGACACCUGCGAAAGUUGUACCCCGCACAGCUUGUGUCUCCCUGGCUUCGGGGUCAAGCAGAUCGCUACAGGGGUUUCUGAUACCAUCUGUGAACCCUGCUCGGUCGGCUUCUUCUCCAGUGUGUCAUCUGCUUUUGAAAAAUGUCACCCUUGGACAAGCUGCGGGAGCAAAGGCCUGGUGGAACAACAUGCAGGGACUAACAAGACAAAUGUUGUCUGUGGUUUCCAGAAUCGGAUGAGAGCCCUGGUGGUGAUCCCCAUCACGAUGGUGAUCCUGUUCACUGUCCUGUUGGUAUCUACCUGUAUCAGAAAGAUGGCCAAGAAGCAGGAGACUAAGGCCCUGCACCCUAAGGCUGAAAGGCAGGAUCCUGUGGAGACGAUUGAUCCAGAGGAUUUUCUCGGCCCCCAUUCCACCCCUCCAGUGCAGGAGACCUUACACUGGUGUCAGCCGGUCGCCCAGGAGGAUGGCAAAGAGAGCCGCAUCUCCGUGCAGGAGCGAGAGUGAGGCUGUGUGUGCCCAGGAGCGUGGUGGCACCGGCAUGUGGGCACGUGGCUGGAGAGCCUAGGGCUGCUGCUGGUGAGGGCGACAGCCCCCCUCUGCCUGCA